AUGGUGACAUAUCGGUCAUACUCUGCGCACGGCCAAAACAAACCUGACCACGAGCUCAAUCACACUGAACGCCUGGUGCCUCAUGUGCAUGUUGAUAUCCAAACCACUGGCAGUAUAGGAGGCCACACAGCAACAGAUGACAAGGCCGUAGAUACGCAGGGCCCACAGACAGAGAUGAAAACAAAGCGACCGUUCGACUGGACGGGCUCCUGGGGAUGGGAAAUUGGAUCUGCGAUGCUCAGUGUCGUGGGUCUUGUUCUCCUGGUUGCAUUUCUUGUCAAAAUAAAUGCCACCCCAUAUGCGAACUGGCAAUAUACAGCGUCCCCAAAUACUAUUGUGUCGGUCAUUACCACUAUCACGAAAGCUGCACUUCUGGUUUCUGUGUCUGCGUGUCUAAGUCAGCUGAAAUGGAACCUGUUCCGUGAUUCAACUUCGCUAUAUAAUCUUCAGGCCAUUGACCAGGCCAGCCGAGGACCUUGGGGCUCCCUGGAAGUGUUACUGAGGGGACUAUGUGGAUCGAGAAUGGGAAGCUUGACUUACGUUGGAGCAUUUCUCACGGUCCUGGCUCUUGCGGUCGAUCCAUUCGCGCAGCAGAUUCUGACAUUCCCUUCACGAACAGUUCCUGCCCUCAAUGCUACCGCAUUAAUUCAAAGUGCACAUCAAUACUACUCUUUGGAGGGUCAGGAAUAUAGUGAUAUAUUCCAGGGGCUCGCGCCCUCGCUUUUGAUUUCAAUAAUGAGUGGACUCUCACAGACAAAUAGCCCUCUUGAACCUCAAUGUGAUUCGAGCUCUUGCAAAUUCUCAGAAUUCGUUACAUUUGGAUUAUGUAGUGAAUGCGAAGAUGUUACAGCUGAAACCCAUCAGAUAUGCCACGCGUAUGAAGACUCCAUGGUCUGGCGUCCUGAACACAUAUCCUUCAAGGAGAUUCCUGUCAAUUGCAGCUACCAAUCACCGAAUAACUUCUCAUUUGAUAUUGGACUACUUGAUGUGCUUGCACUACAACACCUCAACGGCGUGGUGACCCUCGACGUGAACUCAUGGACCUCCCAACCAAGACACAAUGAACCAGUUUUCGAUAUCCAAAGUCCACUGGUGUCUUUUAUUACCACAAAUUAUUCAACUUUGAUCAACUAUACUCUCUCCAAUGUGACAGCGUUUCCGCCAAAACCCUCGGUGACAGAAUGUGCUAUAUAUUAUUGCGAACGGAAAUAUGCAGCUAGCACCUACCUGUCUAGCAAUCAAAGCAGCCGUUCAGUACAUGUCGUUGACACACAGCAGCUCAUACCGAGAGAUACCCUUGAUGAAAAUUCCCAUUAUCUUUUCACAGACUCGAUUCAUUUUGGACCCCCAAAAGGGUCUGAAACCCUAUCAAAAAACUCGUCAUACAGCAUCGAUCAUCAUACAUUCACCGGCUUUCGAGAUACAAUGGGAGACCUUUUCAAUAGUUCACUACAUGAUAUAUCAGUUGGGUUAGGAUCGAGUGGAUUCAACAUGGCAACGAUCCUACGUACUGGAAACCUCGGCCAAUUACUCGAUUCAAUGACCACCAGCGUCACCGAUACCCUCCGUGCCAGUCCGCACGGUAACAAAAUUCAUGGACAGGCAUAUCGAGUCGAGAUGUUCGUUGACGUCCGAUGGCCUUGGAUCAUUCUUCCGGCCAUUGUUACCUUGGGUUCGAUUGCGUUACUUCUUGGGACUGUAAUGGCAAGCAAACAGCAGAACGCUGUGCUGUGGAAGUCUACUGUGCUUCCGUUGUUAUCAAGUCAUCUCAACACCACACCUGAGCAUGAAAUCGCAUCUCUGUGCAGUGUGGAUGAAGUACAGCGUGUAUCGAAGAACAUACGCGCUAUCAUGAUACACGGUGAAGGGCCACUUACAUUCACGGAGACGUAG